GGGAGUACGAGCUACAUGUGUUAUACUCUGCUCAAAGUAACUGUUUCGUCUUUUCCAAAUUUAGUGCCAAUCCACAAUUAUAAACAACAUGCAGCCGGACGUUGUAGAUAAGAAGCAUGAUAAGCAACUGAUUAUUAAAAUGGCUGGCUAUUUAGAAAAAAAGGGCAGAAUGAGAGUUGUUGGUGUACGUCGUUGGAAAAAAAGAUGGUGUGUACUUGAAGGCAAACUGUUGCUGUAUUUUAGAACUCAAUUAGAGUAUUCUCAUCAUUUAUCACCUUGUAGAGGUUCAGUCAACAUGGGCCUUGCAUUGUCUAUAACACUACGGGGUCCAUGUCAAUUUCAAAUCGUCACUAGAUCUCAAAUUAUAAUCUUAAGAACGAAAUCAAAAUCUGAUUUAGAUGAAUGGUUUGCUGCUUUGAAGGACGCUAAAAAUAAUAAUCUGGCUUUUAUUAAGGACCGAAAUUCAUCUUUUAUGGAAACAAACUACCAGUUAUCCUAUCAAAUACCUUUGGUGGAACCUAACUCUAAUAACCGCAAUAUCAUUAACGAAAAUCAUUUACGAUUUUGUAGAUCAGUUAAAGAGACUUUUAAUGGCAUAUCCUUCGAGGAACACAAUAAGCAUAAUGAUAUUCGUUAUAUUAUGGCUCGCACCAAUAGAAAAUCUUCAACGUUGAAGAAAUCUGAAUCUGACAAUCGAAUAAGUUUCUACAGGAAAAUUCACGGCCUCGUUCGCACCGAAACGAUAGCUGGGACAUCUCAGGUGAGCGAUAAGGAGUCUUGUCGCUCGAGAAGUUUGUCAUAUGAAAGCAUUUAUUUUAAGCCACAAGAAAAGUGUACACCAAUUGAGCCAGUGAAAUCGCAAAGCUGUAGAGAACUUAUGCCCAAGAUCACAAGACAAAUAUCCAAAAAAUGUACGAAUAACUAUGUAUCUAAAAGGAUCAGUAGAUCGGUAUCGUUUUUCGGUAAGCAUCGCAAAGAUUCGGAUUCCGACGAUUAUGAUUAUGUUGAAAUCGAACCAAACCACAUCGAUCAAAACUUUACGGAACCAAUAGCAAAAGAUGAGAAAUCUGAACAUCAUCCAGAGGUACUUCCUCAUUAUAAUGCGGAAAAAGACGAAGAAGUCACUUUGAUGUCAACAGAUGAAGAAUUUCAUAACCAAGAAGCAAAUAUAGAUGUAAUAUAUGUAAAUAACGAUCGUAAAACUUUUACAAUGGAAUCAGAUUUAAUACUUGAGUAUGGUACCGAGCAAUCAGUUAAAGUGGAAGACGAGCCGCCUCCUUUGCCAAUAAAAAAAAAACAUAAACAAAAUGUUUUAUUCGACGAGAAUCUACAACAUAAAAUAAUAGAUGAUGUUUACAUUUUAAAAAAUGGAUCUAAAGAAGUAAUCUACGAUGUUCCUAUUCCACAUGGAAAACUUAUCGAACAUUUUCGUCGGUUGACCAUAACUUCUGUGUCUUCGCCGGUAAAACGUUACGCUGAUAAUACUACGUACCACGAUUCAUUGGAACCUUCGGUUUACGAAACGUUGCACAUGACACCAGACUCGCUAGAAGUUUCCAUGAUGUUUCCUACGUACAAGAGAUGGUCAAAUGAUUCGGGCUUUAAUAAUUACGAAGAACAAAAUUCGCUUUUGCCCAGCCUGACCAAUUUUGAAGAUUCCUUAGAACCCGUCAUAACCAUGAUACAUCAUGAUCGUAAAAUAUGGCAAAACGUGCCAAGUAUCAACUCAACUGACUACUUUCGUUGACUGUUGUAAUACCUAUUAAGUAUUUAUAUAAGCAUUAGAAAAUGUAUAAGUGUUGUGAUUUUUUAUUUUUUUAAUCAACUUUCCAUUGAA